AUGUCGACGCAAGCUGCUCCGCCAGACGAAAUACCUAUAGAGAAGGUAGAUGAUACCAUCAACUCAUAUCCUGAUGCACGAGAAUCCGAUGGACCUGAAUUAUCCGCUCCAGAAGCGAACAUGACAGAUGUACCUGGACCUUCAACUACAUUCAUCCCUAGACAACCUUCACCGCCUCUACCUAACUUAACAACUCGACCUUUCCCAGCGAUAAAUAUCGAUUCAGACUCAGACGAUGAAGAUGAUGAACCAAUAGCUACAUUACCAAUUUACUUGUCUUCAACACUCUCACCUCAUUUUGAUAUAUAUCAAUAUCCAUUACAACAUCGAUCUUUAUCCGUUCCCACCUGGGCAAGGGAUAGGGGAAAAGAAAUCUCAGCUAGAGUAAAAGAGAAGUUUGGCAGAGUCGAAAUUGAGAUACCGGUAGAUGCAGGUCAAAGUUAUUGGAGAGAAGAAAGAGCGAGAGAUUUAGGUUUCGUGACCAAUGUCAAAAACGCAAACGGUGGUGAAGAUGAUAUCGUAGGUGGAUAUGGUUUUUCUGGAGCAGGUGGAGGUGGUUCAAGUUCGAAAGAAAAGUCAAAAGAUAAAAAAGGAAAAGAUAAGAAAUCAUCAUCGAAAGAUAAAGAAAAAUGGGGUGAUAAAAUGAGAUUAAGAAGUGAACCUGUACCGAACGCAACAGGUUAUUAUUCAGGCGUUAUUCGAGAAGGCGCUCUUCACCUGCACCCGAUAUCUAAAGUACAUCAAUUUCGUACUUCCUUGACGUAUCUAGAUGAUGCAGAUGAGAAAGCGAGAGAGAAACCGAGUAGACGCAUGAAUGGAGAUUCAGAUGAUGAAGGUAAAAAGAAACCUGCUCCAGGUCCAGUGAAAGAUCUGAGACCUCAGAGGAAAUUGUUGGAUGAAGAAGAUAAUGAUGGAAGUGGAAGUAUAAAAGAUUUCAGAAAUAAAAUGUGGUGGAUGGCUAAGAAAGAAGAAGAAGAUCACUGGGUACCAUACCAUUGGAAAUCCGGUGUCGAGGACGACGGAGUGAUCGAGGCUCUUGAGAAAUUGGUCCUUCCAGAAAGUAAGAGGGAAAGGUUGACAUGCAAGACCAGAGCUUUAGAUUAUCUUGAUAGACAAGAUAAACUCCAGAUUGUGUAA